AGAAUUGAUGGUGGCUGACAAUCCUAAGUCAUCAUCAAUCAGCACUGUUGAUGAUCAGGACAACGUUAGAAUAAUGGGUGCUCUGAGCAGUACUAACAAUCAGAACCACCCCACCACUUGGAGAGUAGUAACAGCCAUAGUAAUAAUGGUUUCCAUAGCUGUGAUCAUAUCCACAAUAAUUACUGUGACCUGUGCCUUUAACAAAGAUGGAAAAAGACCUCAGAUUUGUGUUACACAGUUUUGCUCUUCAAAGCAAGAUGAUGUUGAAAAAAAAGAGGUGGACAGUAAGCACCAGUCUACAGAGAAGGAUCACUUUCGUACUGAAAGAGAGACAACCUUAAGCAGUAAUAGCACUCCAUCAGACUUGUUAAAGCAUUCACUUGAAGGAAGUAUACAGAAAAUCGAAAACUUGUGGAAUGUUGUGUCACCUAACAGAACACCCUGUGUAUCUCUGAAUCUGCAGGACCAUGGCAGGUCAUGUCCCUCCUCUGACAGUAAAAGUGAAAGCAGAUACAGCCUUGAGUCGCAAACUCCUCCAAUACACUUCCUAAGGAGCUUUUCUUCAAAGGACUCAACACCAAUAAGUACUGUAAAAAAGAGAAAUGUGACUAUGAAAAAAACAUCCAGUGUAUCACGCAAGACAUUGCCUUUUAGCUAUAAAGAUCCUGCACCACUGGAAGAUCAGAUUAGUCCUCUGAAUAUCAGUGUGGAAGACGAAACUGAAACUUCUUAAUAGUUCAACUAUGGGUUACACUCUCAAUUGGAGCAGUUUCAUUCUCGUAGGUACGAAGAGGAAUACAGAACUACUUGUCGGAUUUGAUGGAUGUACAGGGGAUCUAAGAUAAUAUUUUUUUGGCAUGGUAAUUUCCAUAACUUCUCCUGGCUUUUCAGCCAUCACUGAUACUUGUACUAUACAGUGCAAUUUUGUUCAAGCGCACACUUUUUCUACUAAAAUACUUUAGUCUCUGCUGGCAAGGGUGUGGAAAAACAGCAGUAACUUCAUUUCAGAACUAUGAAGUAGAGAAUGUUUUUGCCAGGCUGUAACAUUCUGGCAGGCCAAAACAUAUUCUAUAUUUACUGCGUAUUCUGUUAAUUAAGUAAUAUGCACUACAGUCAUACUGCCAUAUGCUUAGCUUAUCGUUUAAUGUUUUAGACCUUGAUCCAUGUAUUAUCUCUAUAUCUGCCCUUGGUGGUUUGAACUUUUCAAUACCUCUCUCAACUGUCCAAAUUUGAGAGGGAUGAACUUAACUUAUUCUCACACUUUUAAUUAAUUCCUCCUAAAAUUAGAAAUUAGUUUGAGAAAUUCUAAGUUAAAGGUUCCAGCAUUUUAAAAGUGUCCCAUUUCUGUGGCCUUUUCUUUAAUUUUUGCUAUGUUCAUAGGUCUAGAGAUAAAAGUUGAGAAGCAUAUAAAAUCUCCAAACAGUAAUUCCCUGAAGGACCCAGUAAAGCCCUCCUUUACUGGUAUUCUGGGGCAGUUGUAAGUCAUAGUUUCUAAGCCCACAGCUGUAAAUUCAACAUCAGCUGGAUCAUGAUAAAGAUUGUACAAGACAUCAGAAUAACCAAGCUUCAGGUAAGACCCCUGAAAAAAGUAAUGCAGUUACGAAUGUUUAUGGUAAACAAGACAGCUUCAAUGAGCUGUUGGUAGAAAAUGUACAUAUAAGCUCUGAAAAUGCAUCAAAGCUUCUCUAUUGACAGCAAAUUGGAUAUUUUGAGAUGGUGUUGUAUUAUAAUUCUAAGACUCAUAACUAUGAAUUCCAAAAUUAUGAAAAAAGUUUGAAAAUAUGAGAGAACAGGGAAUGCCAAACAUCACUGUCCUCCUUUAAUAUAU